GGGAUGAGUCAGGCUAUAUGAUGCUUCUGCUGUCGCUUCCAUUUCAUCAGCACAAAACAUCCAAACAUUUCUCCAUCUUCCAAGCGUGAAUCAAAACAUGACAGAUGUAAAUCAUCUUUGACUUUUACGCGACUUUGAUCCAGGCAGGGAUCAUUUCAACAACACGCCGACUCAUCUUUAGCAACAUCUAAGCAAAAUAGACCGCCUACACGGCACAGUUUGCGGUUUCUAAAGAGGCUUCAAUCCUUUAAAGAUUAUGGAAUCUGCCGUUUGGUAGCUUUGAACCGACCAAACAAAAAACACCUGAGUAAACAUGGAGGCAAUUUGGCUUUACCAAUUUCGACUGAUUGUUAUUGGGGACUCCACUGUUGGAAAAUCGUGUUUAAUUAGACGUUUCACAGAAGGCCGCUUCGCACAGGUGUCAGACCCGACGGUAGGGGUGGAUUUUUUCUCCCGCCUGGUGGAGAUCGAACCUGGGAAACGCAUUAAACUGCAGAUUUGGGACACAGCAGGACAGGAACGCUUCAGGUCUAUUACCAGAGCCUAUUAUCGUAACUCAGUGGGAGGUCUGCUGCUCUUCGAUAUAACCAACCGUCGCUCCUUCCAGAACGUUCACGAGUGGCUAGAGGAGGCACGCAGCCACGUGCAGCCCCACAGCAUUGUCUUCUUGCUGGUCGGUCACAAAUGUGAUCUGGAACCACAGCGUCAGGUGAGCCGGCAAGAGGCCGAGAAGCUAGCGGCUGCGUACGGCAUGCGCUACGUGGAGACUUCAGCACGCGACGCCAUAAACGUGGAGAGGGCUUUUACAGAGCUAACACGGGAUAUAUUCGAGCUGGUGAAGAGUGGGGAGAUUACCAUCCAGGAGGGUUGGGAGGGAGUGAAGAGUGGAUUCGUACCAAACGUGGUGCAUUCGUCAGAAGAAGUGACAAAGGGCGAUCGGCGGUGUUUCUGUUGAGUCUGUAAUCGCCACCCUGGUACCUAUCAAACAUUUGGGCGCUGGUGCACAAAAGAAAUGCUUCCUCCAAUCACAGGGUCAGUCUUCAACUCCCUGAUUAUGACAUCACCCCUUUCCUGCCUGCUGAUUGCCUAAACGAGUCCCACCAUACCAUAUUGCUUCACUUUUCUAUACUACUUUGCUCAUUUUCCUAAUCACACAAUCUUGUAAAUAGCCAAAUUGAACUGAUAAGAAUAAAAGCUUAGUAAAAAAAAAAAA